UGCCCUCACAACCAAACUUCAAGAUAAACCAGUGCAAAGCUGUUUUCAGCAACCUGCUGUCCUUUAAUGAAGGAAAGUCUCCAAGAGAUCCACAUUUUCUCAUCAAAUGCUUGUCUGUCUUUGGAUUUAAGUCUUUCAGCUGCUCAAGAAUGACCACUUUGGUUUUCUCAAACCUUGGGUUCCUAAAUAUUGUGAUUGCGGCGUUAACUGGCUUGAGCCGCAGCAGUCCAAUCAAGUCUGCAGAGACUUACCACAGGACAUCUGUCAGCAUGGAUGUGAUCAACAGUCCUCUCCACAGUGCACAGGACUUUUUGAGCCAGUUUCUAUCAACACUGAACCUCACCAGGCUAAGGUCCCAGCCUUGGACACCUACAGCCCAGAAAGAGCCACUUCCAGAGUAUAUGCUGGAGCUCUACAACCGAUUUGCCAAUGACCGCACUGCAAUGCCGUCUGCCAACAUUGUGCGCAGUUUCAAGAAUGAAGAUUCUUCCCCCCGAAGUAUAAGAGCCAUUGGUGUAUGCAUACAUCCCCUUCUAUUCAAUAUCUCUAUGCCACACUAUGAGCAUGUUACAAUGGCUGAGCUUCGACUCUUCAUGCUUGUGCGGAAGGCCCAAAGACCACAUGCCGGUUUCAGAUGCAAGGUGACAAUCUACAAAAAACAUGAUGGCGUUGUUUGGACAAAAGAGGUGGGGAAAGAAGGGAGAGAGAGGGAUAAAGAGGAGGGGAAGGCGAUGAAGGAUUUGGAGGAACUGGUGACAAAGCAUAUCCAUGCCAAAGAUAAUAGCUGGGUGUCAUUUGACCUCACUCAUGUGGUGACACUUUGGCGGAAGUCAGGGUGCACAACUCAUAGACUGGAGGUUCGCAUUGAAAGCCUGGGGGCAGACGAGGAAGGGACCAUUAGAGAAGCAAUGGAAAGUGGCAAAAGUGUGUCACAGGUAGACAUUGACAGGAACGUGGAGGGCCAACACAAUCCAGUGAUAAUUGUGUUCUCAGAUGACCAGACCAGAGAUCACAAAGAAGACAGACAAGAGCUAAGUCAGAUGAUUAAGCUUGAGAAUGACCUUCCUGAUAACGUGAUAAUAAGCCAGAAAUCUAUUCAUGACCGUGCAAAUCCCAACUCUGACCACCCUGAACAGGAUGAGCUGGACCACCAGUCUGCCUUGGAGGUGCGGUCCAAUCUUAUCUAUGACACGCCUCCUCGAAUCCGCCGCAGCGCCAACACCGAGUCAUGCAGGCGGUCGCCCCUUUUUGUGGAUUUUAAAGACAUCGGCUGGGACUCGUGGAUUAUCCAGCCUUUGGGGUAUGAAGCGUACAAAUGCAAUGGCGUGUGCAGCCCACCCAUGACCUCAGAGGUUUCUCCCACCAAGCAUGCCAUAGUGCAGACUCUUCUGAGCCUCAGGCGCCCCGAAAGAGCAUCUGCUGCCUGCUGUGUUCCCACAAAGCUGGAGCCAAUCUCCCUCCUUUAUCACGACAAUGGAGUGGUUACCUUCAACCACAAGUAUGAGGGGAUGGUGGUGGCAGAAUGUGGCUGCAGAUAACGUCACAGAGAAAGACAGACUUUUAGUUGAAGAUCUAAAUCUAUCAAUCUAUUUUAUCAUGCUCGUGUGCUUGUUUCCAGAUUUCCUACAGUGGACUAAUUGUAAAUUAGGGAUGAAAACUUGAUGGAAAUUCACAGCUGUAUAAAGGCAAAUCCCCGAGUGUUUUGUUAAUUUAGAACAGAAACACUUUGAACUGAUGCAACAAAGAGUUUCUUAUUAGCCUACCGCAGCUCCAUAUACAUUUUUGCCUUUCAUCGUGUUUUGAAAGCACUUUAGUCUAUCGUUAUAUAUUGCAAUUGAUUGCCAUAUUUAUAGAGUAUUAAAAUGCCUUUCAAAAUAUUUCAAAA